CUGGUUACAUCCCAGGGGUCGGCAUGAGAAACCCCGGUCAGUCCCAAGUCUGGACCAGCGCCGUGAAGAAGACCAUCUCCAGACUGUCCCCAGUGCUGAACUGCUGUCUGCUCGGGGUGGUUAUCUUUCUGGUGGUGACAAUGUUGGGCCUGAAGCUGUCAUUCAGCCAGUUGGAGGAGAAGACAGCUGCUAAGCUGUCCGGCAUAAAGCUGUCAGUCAGUCAACUGACGUCGGAGCACCUGAAGCUGGAGUCAAGCGUCGAGAAUCUGCAAGGCAACUCAGACGGCCUGUUUGCUGGUUUAAAACCUUUCAAGAAGUGGCGCGGUGACUUCAAGUGUGGACCCGGCUUCCUCACGGAAGAUGGCUACCCGGCUGAAUGCAACCCCGACAGCAGUCACCCAUGCUGCUCGCGUCACAACUGGUGUGACAAGACCACGGAACACUGUGACUGUCGGGGCUGUAUCGACUACAGGAAACGCCAGUGAGGACCCGGUCACAGUCGUAGGGACGAAUUCGCUGUUGGACCUCUGUGUCAAAAAAACAUGACGAGUUUCUCUCCGAAGCUCCGAUUAAUAGAUUGGCCUCGUCCAAUGGAAUGCUUCAUGAA